AUACGUGAAAGUUGUUGUCCCACAUAGCGUGUUCCUGACCAGAGCCCGCAGCCGAGAUUCUAGUCUCGUAGUUUCUAAUUACUGGUGUAGCAGAGAGUAGGGAGAUACAAACCAGAAAGAGAAAGAGACUGAGGUGGAGCAGAGCUCUGGCAUGCCUGCUUCCGCGAUGGAGAGUGUAGCUGUGACGGCCUUGCGUUCGGUGAUGCUCCGAGUUCAACAAGCUGCCGAGAGAUCGAGCCGGAAAGCCGAUCAGAUCAGGGUGGUGGUCGUCAGCAAGACCAAGCCUGUUUCCCUCAUCCGCCAAGUCUACGACGCUGGCCACCGCUGCUUCGGCGAGAAUUACGUCCAAGAGAUUGUCGAAAAAGCAUCUCAGCUUCCGGAUGAUAUCGAUUGGCGUUUCAUCGGGCGCUUGCAGAGCAACAAAGUUAAAAUGCUUCUCUCUUCUGUCCCAAAUCUUGCGGCGGUUGAGGGUGUAGAUGAUGAGAAGAUUGCGAAUCAUCUUGAUCGGGGAGUUGCGAACAUUGGAAGAAAGCCUCUCAAGGUUAUGGUCCAAGUGAAUACCAGUGCAGAAGCAUCAAAAGCUGGAGUUGAACCAUCAGGUUGUGUAGAACUUGCAAAGCAUGUUAAGCUGGGAUGCCCAAACCUUGAGUUUUCUGGACUAAUGACAAUAGGGAUGCCGGAUUACACAUCAACUCCAGAGAAUUUCAAAACAUUAUCAAACUGUAGGAUUGAGGUUUGCAAAGCACUUGGAAUAGCAGAGGAGCAGUGUGAGCUAUCAAUGGGGAUGUCUGGUGACUUUGAGCAAGCGAUUGAAAUGGGCAGUACGAAUGUGAGAAUUGGUUCAACCAUAUUUGGGCCUAGGGAAUAUCCCAAGAAGCAGGCAAAUUAGCAAUCUUCAAGUUCUUUGCUUGUUCAUAAAGAAUUGGUGGCUUCUUAUAGACUUUUAAUUUUGUUGUGGUAGCAGUUAAGUUGUCAAUUUGUUGAUAUGCUUUUCCCUACCACAUCUCAUGGGCAAGUUCUUGUAAGCUUAGUGCUUUUGCUCACUCCCAUUAAUCAUGUUUAUGAUCUCUCUUUAUAUAAACUAUAAGCUUAGCUUCAGGUUUUUGGUCAGCAUCCAGUACUCAGAUUACCCUGAAGAGAAGUAUAAUGAAGUAGUGAAAAUUUUGUAUUAACCACCCCAACCCCCC